AUGCCGCCUCACGCAACACCCGACCAACUCCUCUACAAGCUCAUCAGCGACCGCCUCCGCUCGACCCACAACGCACGCGAAAAGGCCCUUUUAUACCUGGCUGCCCUGGCCCACGACUCCCUGGAGCGCCAGCGGCCCGAACUCGAGCUGCGUCUGAAGGAGCUCGCCCGCCUGCAGGCCGAAACCCACACUCAGAUUAAAUUGCAGACCAAGAUACGCGAAAAGUAUCUGCACGGCGACAUUGACCUGACUGCCAAUGAUGAGCGCAUGCUCGUGAUGUCGCGUCGCCACCUGGCCGAAGACGAAACCCGUAUACUGGAUGUCCAGCAGAAAUUAGCGUCCUUGCAGGAGGCGUUCCGGGAUGCCGUCAAGCUGUGGGCUACUACUUCGUACUGA